AUGCCGUUUGAGUACGAAUGGCAGGCAACCCUCCAAGUCCAAGAGACACCGGCGGCUGAUAAUAUGAUAGAUGCCCUGCGUACUCUCAAGGUGUACACGAAUCAACUACGAAGGUGUACAUCAUGCUUGGACAACUACGACGACCAUCAAAUGCGAUACCGAAAGUGGUUUUGCCAGUCUUCCACCUGCUCCGAAACUGCGCAGAACUGUUCGUACUGGCUGAAGGUGAUAUCCCGCUUUCGAUCGGACACACACUACUUUUUUGAGCACGGAUAUCACAGCAGUAUGCUUAGCUCCCCCCGGCAGCGGCCGCUCACUCGAGCAAUGAAGGCAGAAAUAAGGACGAUGGUCAGCUCCUCGAUGAAACCUGCACGAAUUCGGAAUAGAUUAAUUGAUCUGUUCAACUUGACGGCGACGACGGUACCUGAGCUGAAGACGAUUCAAAAGUUUGUGUACAAUUACAAGAACAGUGUUCUUUUCCACAACGACGUUGUUGCUGACGUAGUUGGCCUUGCUCUUGACUCCCGGUACAGCGACGAUAUGGACGCGUCGGUAGCUUUCUCUUUCGGAUACAGCCUAGACGAAGAUGGCAAUCCUGUUCUGGGGGAAGGCACGGAAGCGGAUCCUUUCGUGCUGGCGUUUUCAACGAAACUUCUCUUGAAAAAUCUCGAUCGAGAUCCAGAUACGUUUGUUUUUCACAUGGACGCUACGUUCAAGCUUACGAAGCGCAAGUUCCCUCUCUUCGUGUGCGGCGUGUCGGAUAAAGCGCGCUCGUUCCAUCCUGUUGCUUUUUUCAUUGUUUCCCAGCGGACCGAAGCUCAGUAUUCAGCAGCAUUGGCAGCAGUUUCAGAACAGUAUUUGAGGGUGGUGGGGCGUCCGAUGCGCAUCAAAACAUUCAUGGCAGACGUCGAGGACGCUCAGUUCAACGGAUUCACCAACGAUAUUUCUUCUGUGAUGAAGGCGUCUUAUUUGAUGUGUUUUUUU